AUGGGAAGUACAGGCGGUGGAAGUUACGGCAGCAGUGGCGGAAACGGAAGUUAUGAUGGCAGUAAGGGAAGUGGAAGUUAUGAAAGUCGCAGCAGAAGUGGCAGCGGAAGUGGCAGCGGAAGUGGCAGCGGAAGUGGAAGCGGAAGUGGCAGCGGAAGUGGAAGCGGAAGUGGCAGCGGAAGUGGAAGCGGAAGUGGAAGCGGAAGUGGCAGCGGAAGCGGAAGUGGCAGCGGAAGCGGAAGUGGCAGCGGAAGUGGCAGCAGAGGUCGCAGAGCAAGUGGCAGCGGAAGUGGAAGUGGCAGCGGAAGUGGCAGCGGAAGUGGCAGCGGAAGUGGCAGCGGAAGCGGAAGUGGCAGCGGAAGUGGCAGCGGAAGCGGAAGUGGCAGCGGAAGUGGCAGCGGAAGUGGCAGCGGAAGUGGCAGCGGAAGUGGCAGCAGAGGUCGCAGCGCAAGUGGCAGCGGAAGUGGCAGUGGAAGUGGAAGCGGAAGUGGCAGCGGAAGUGGUAGCGGAAGUGGCAGCGGAAGUGGCAGCGGAAGCGGAAGUGGCAGCGGAAGUGGCAGCGGAAGUGGCAGCAGAGGUCGCAGCGGAAGUGGCAGAGGAAGUGGCAGCUAUGGCAGCGGAAGUGGAAGUUACGGUAGCGGCGGCACUAAAGGCUAUGGUAGUGGCAGCGGGAGUUAUGGAAGCGGAAGUGGAAGCUAUGGUAGCGGCAGUGGAAGUGGAGCCUACGGUAGCGACAGUGGAAGUAGAGGCUACGGUAGCGGCAGUGGAAGCUAUGGUAGCGGCAGUGGAAGUGGAAGCUAUGGUAGCGGCAGUGGAAGCUACGGAGGUGGCAAAUCUGACAGUAAGUUAAAUGGGUCUGGGGGAUCAGGAAGUGGAUAUGGCAGUUCUGGAAGUUAUGAUGGAUCGGGUGGGUACGGAUCAUACGGUUGGUCAAGUUCAGGGGGUAACAAGGCAGGCUCUUCCGGUGGAUCAUCUUCAGGAAGCUGUUGUGGUUAG